ACUAGCUCCAUGAGGACACACACACAGGCACACAAAGGCACACACGAAGCGGCUCAUUCGAAUUAUUUCCUAAACGGGUCGUCAUUGUCACAGCACGCGUUAUGUCACUUCGACUAGUACCGAGUGUACAAUUAAAGCUUUCCCGCGUAUUUGCGUAUGCUAUCUGCGUUCUACAGAGACAUUCGCAUAAUUGCAUCGAACAAGAACGAGUCGUUCUCCUGGGGAAGUUUCGCGUCCGUUAAUUCGCGUACCUGUGUUCGAUUUCACUUUUAAAGACAACUUAAUGUGAUUGCUGUAUGUGAAUAAACUGCAUUAUUAUGCUGAAAAUAAUUAUAUUAUCAUUGAUUGUGAUCGGUGCCAAAAGUGAACCUGAUGCCAUUCAAACCAAAUUUGGACUUCUUCAAGGAAAAUGGAUAAAAACUUCAAGAAACUUUUUUAUCGAUGCCUAUUUAGGAAUCCCAUAUGCUAAACCACCUGUUGAUGAUUUGCGAUUUAAGAACCCUCAAAUUUGGGAAGAAAAGUGGUUAGGGACAAAGGAAGCCACAAAAAAUGGCCCAACAUGUAUUCAAAUCGAUUCUAAUGGUAAAAUCAGUGGUGAAGAGGAUUGUCUUUAUCUUAAUGUGUUUGUUCCCACCGAUACGCGGCAUCCAACUACAACCACAGAUUUAGCUAAACGAAAACUUCCUGUUCUUAUAUUUAUUAGAGGUGGGAGUUUUAAUGUGGGAACUACAAAUAGUUCAAUUUUUUCACCAGUUUACCUCCUCAAUCAACAAAUUGUUCUUGUCACCUUCAAUUAUCGGCUUAACUUCUUAGGAUUUUAUAGCACCGGAAAUGAUGCGUCACCUGGAAACUAUGGAUUAAAAGACAUGGUUACCGUGUUGAAAUGGGUGAAGGCAAACAUAGAGGAUUUUGGAGGGGAUCCUGACUCUGUCACUCUUUUUGGAAAUUCCGCAGGCGCCGCUGCAGUUCAUCAUUUGUCUCUUUCUAAAAAAACGGAAGGGCUCUUUCAUAAAAUGAUUACAAUGAGCGGUUCAGCAUUAGCACCUUGGGCCUUCCAUCUCAGAAAAAACAUCAGGAAUGACUCAAUCGAACUAGCCAAGCUAGCUAAUUGUUUUCAGAUGAACGAAACAGUAACAACGGCUCUAUAUAACGAAAUAACCGAAGCUUCUGCAGACAAUUACAAAGUGGACAACAUAACAACCAAUAUGACUGAUGAAGAAAUAGUUGAUUGCAUGAGGAACAUCGAUGUAAAAGAACUCUUAAAUCUAACUAGAAACAUGACUGUUUGGAAAAAAUCGCCCAAUAUGAUCUUUGGUCCAACUUUGGAAGAAGAUAAAGAGGAUGCUAUCAUAACAAUGCAUCCAAGAAAAGUGGUAGAAAGUGCUUCAUUUCGUGAUAUUCCGUGGAUAACGGGAGUUGUCGCAGACGAAGGUUUAGGACUCGGCAUUGAUUUCGAAGGUGAAAGUUUGCAAGAACUAGAGGAGAAUUUUACUGAACUUGGGCCGUAUGUUAUGGAAUGUCAUCAAGUUAUUGAAAAGAAGGAACAGUUUAGUCAAUCUUUGAUAGAUUACUACUUUCAGGGAAACCUCAGUCAGAACUUUAAUACUAAUGCUUCUCAAUUGUUUGGCGAUAUCAAUAUUAAUUGGCCAGUCUAUGAAGCAUUACAAAAUCAAGCAAGAACAAUGAAAUCCAGUGUUUAUUUUUAUGAUUUUGUUUACGAGGGUACGUUCUCUGUAACCAUGGAUAAAAAUGGACUUAAAAAAUCUGGCGUUGCUCACAUGGAUGAUCUAAAUUACUUGUUUCCUUUUCUGAAUAACAUGUACGCUCAUUUAAUGCUGGAAAAUACUUCGGAUGACAAGACUAUGAUCAAUAUCAUGACAGAAUUAUGGGCCGACUUCGCAAAGAAUGGAAAGCCAAGUGCGAAUUACACCUGGACUGAAUGGAAACCCUAUCAAGAAAAUCACGAAUUCAUGAGAUUGGGUAACGGAAGUUCGGCAACAAUUUCUAUGGAGAGAGAUUUCCUAGCAGAGAAAAUGAAAUUCUGGGAACAGCUAUUGAAGGAUGUAUCUUAUCCUUUAGAUGAAACUGUCCUCAUCAGCAACAAUAAUGAUAAUGACGCAGGUCGUGGUGUGACUUCUGUGAGCUAUACGUAGUUCCGAGAUACACGAACGUCUGGAAUUCGAUUAAUGUGGAAACGAGUAAGCGAUGUCCCAGAACCGUUGUCUUAACGGAGGCCGCUCAAGGGACACGAGUUAGGGUUAUGGCAUUACCGCAUAAUCCAUAGCUGGAGUCCGCCACUGCGACCAUUGGGAAAACAAGGUAUGAGAAAAUGAAUAUUUGAGAAAGCGGCUAGAGCGGCGCAACACGUCGAGCCAACUAGCAGCCGAGCUUCCUCCGCCAUAUAAUCUUAGCCUACCUACUAAUUCCGUCUUAAAAUCCCGCGGAAGCUGGAUUUACAAAGGCGAAGCUAAAGUGGAAAGCCUGGAACACCGGGAUAGAUCCCCAAAUGUUUUAAGUCUUGAGAUUACGUGGAUCGGAGAAAGGGAGGAUGAUUUCACAUCUGCUUGCUCCAUUCCGUGCUUAUUUAAUGUUUGAACGUGGCAAAAGUUGAUAACUAGAAUAUUUUCAGAGGAUGGGAUUAGCCAACUUUAUUUCGAGAGAAUUGGAUUUUUAGUAAAUUGCCAGUGAAGAUGAUGAAGGGCAUGUGACAGUCUGUCACGUGACCGACCAAUUACAUGUACUCUACAGUCUUCAGGAAGCACAAAAAAGUCGACAUCUGUGGGUCACUU